AUGCCUUUUCAACAAUUUCCGUCCUCGUUCAUCGAGGCAUUGGAUGUUUCUCCUCCUUUGUCAUUACCAUCGCAUCUAAGCCUACGGGCAACUUCGCUCCUCGAUACCUUCAUCCGACACUAUGGCCUCGAGCGAACGACACGAAAUCGCUACAAGCCUUCAAUACUGAUACAGUCCACAUUUCAACAGGUCACUUCGAAAGAUGCCUUCUUGAUGUUCUUUCUUGCUUACAUUCAUAAUGUUUUAUUUGCAAAUACGGAUAUCUCCGUUGGGUCGGAUAUCAUGGCCACCCUCGUAUCGUACUUUGACGACUCGGAUUCCUGGGAUUCACAACGGAAGAGCGAACUCAAGAACGCCGUUGAAGAUUUCGCUGAGAAUCUCAUUACACACUUUCUUCUUCCAAUCAAAGCCUCGUCUGGAAAGACACCACAACCCACAUCAGAGUCGAUAGAGCCUUCUUCAUCUCCCGACACACCGCAAUCGAUCUCGAUCCUACGGCAACAAUGUCUUGAGCGUGAUCGCUGUCGCUGUGUGGUCUCUCGAAAGUUUGAUAAAAAGGAGGCCGAAAGGCGGCUUGACCAACAAGGAGAGGAGUGCAAGGACGAUGACGGAGAGCCACUGAAAAACGAAUCCCAUAGCCGAUUUGCAUACCUGAAGAUUAGCCACAUUCUGCCUUAUCGCAUAACAAAUGUCGUUCCCGGGGAUUUGGAUAUAAGCGAAUCGAAGAAAAACGUACUCCGCAUGCUGGAUUGGUUCGACCCCGGCGUUUCCGACCUCCUUGAUGGCGCGAAGAUUCACAGCCCUUCAAAUGCUCUCACUUUAGCGCACAGGUACCAUCGCCUAUUUGGUGAUUUUCAGAUAUGCUUCGAACCGACAGGGAUACCCAAUCAAUAUACAAUUGAGACGACCCAACGAUUUGCCUGUCUGCGUGAUUCGUUGUUCCCAGUCACCCGUACAUUGACGCUCAGUCCUACCAUCGACGCGCCCUCCCCGCGGCUUCUCGGUAUUCAUCAUGCUAUUGCGCAGAUUAUCCAUCUGAGUGGCGUAGCUACAUACCUCGAUGAGAUUUUGCAAGACUUGGAGGUGCAGGGUGUAAAAGAGGAUGGAUCAACCCAUUUAGGGCAUCUAACAAACUUACGAUUUGGCGGCUGGUGAAGGAAUUGACCCUAUUUUGAUUCUCGAUUUCUGUAUGAUUUCCGGAUGUUCCCUGAUUGAUGUACUCCAGCCUCUAUUCACAUACAA